AUGAAUCACCAACAGCCGCAAUCUGAUGAACCAGUAACUUUAACCGUUGGUGGUAUCAAGUAUGAAACAAUUACUCAGACUCUAGCCCGGUAUCCUGAAACGUUACUUGGUCAGAUGUACAAGGAUAGUGUCAUGAAGAGAAUGACAGGCACCAAUAAUUAUGCAUUCGAUCGCGACGAAGAAGAAAAACUCAACGACUUCAUCUCAAUGUUGGUUGAAAUCGGCCUGAAACUGAAAUGGUUUAUGAUGGAGUAUAAAAAAAAAGUAGCAGAUGUUGAUGUGAUGGUUUUCGAUGGCAAGUCUGACGAAUCUCACUGUACCUAUGGAAAAGCGCGUGCGUAUCGAUUUCAGGUGGACGGAUUUACGUUGUUGACAGAAUACCAGAAAGAGAUCCAAGAUCGUAUGAAGAAGAUUGCGCCAAAGCUCAAUGCUUUUCUGGAAAUUGAAAAAAAACGUGCUACAAUAUGGUUAGAAUUGAUGUCGUAA